CCUCACGGCUCUUGCCGAAUGUCACUUUUGUCAUGGUGAGGCUGAGGGUUGCGGUCGCCUGAUUUAGAGUGACCGCGACCCACGACUGCACACCUUGAAAGUCCAGAUCUCUUCGAACAUUGGACGCUACUUGAACGGCCCCAUUCCUGUUCUUGAACACUCAGGCUCAGAGUAUUGUUGCAACUCGAGACUUUCAUUCCUCAAACCCCUGAAAAAUGGCUUCUGCGCAGCCUCACGGGCGCCGAGCGUACAAGCGAAUCGGAUCUCACAUAUGGAAUGAGCACAAAGAGGUCAUCCGGGAGCUCUUCCUAGACCAGGAAAAAACCCACGAGCAAGUUUCCGUCAUCCUAGCAGACCGUUACAGCCUUGACGUCGGACUGAGGCAACUGAAGAGGAAGACUGAUGGGUGGGGCUUCUUCAAGAACAUCCCCAGCGCCGAGAUGAAAAAAAUGGCGCGUAUCAGAGCCAGACGGCAAGAUCAGUUGGGCCGAGAAACCAAGUUCAUCCGCGGAAAUGGUGACGGAUCACCCCGAGAAGUUCCUCAGGAGAAGCUGGAUGCCUAUCAAAAGCGUUUCGGAUGCUCCAUGGACUUGAUGUCACAGUCAUCUGGUACGCCGCCCAACAUUGUUUACCAAACCCCGUCGAAUGGCAACCAGACGCCAAGCGUGGGCAACCGUGGACAGGCCCCCAGCUACGCAGAAAGGGUUCCGGUAUUCAAUGAGUCCGUCAACCGUGCUUUUAUCAACUUCGGCUCUGCUGAGUUAGACUCUCUUUCGUCCUCGCAACCUAGUCGAAUCACCACCACCCCGCUUACGUGGCCAGCAAUCAGCCGUCUUGAGGAUUCGGCUGCAGAGGACGCCUUGGACGGCGACUAUACUGAAGCAAGCCAGAAAUUUAAACUGCUUUCUCAGUUACCCUGCUACUCUCACUCGGUCGCCGUAUCGCUGGAGUUUGUAACCUUGAUAAUGGAAGCAGCAAACUAUGCCGGCUGUCCGCAGAGCCUUGUUGCAAGAAUUACCACUUUAAUCUCUCACUUCCUAAUGCGUGAGAGGGAGCGCUACGCCAAUGACCAUUCCAAGGGCGGAGACGUGACGGAGCUGGACAAAACGUUAGCUGCGCUGAAAAUAGACGCUCGAUACUAUGGGCGGCUGGUAGUGCAUCAGCGAGUCCUGCGAAUCUGGGAGCCCAUUCUGGGACUGGGGCAUCCCAAAAUUAGAAAGCUAUCAGCCCAAAUUUCGGCCUUCCGACACGCCAACGUUGUGGAUCUGGAGAUCGAUCCCAAGUUGGGCGAGGAGUUUUCCUCUUGGACAGACAUACUGAAGCCAGAUGAGAUACCGCGGCUGAGGGGCGCGUCAGGCCUCCGCAACCUCAUGCACCUAGAAGAUGGCCCUCCAGAUCAGCUGCGCGAGAAACUCCGGGUUCUUGAGAGUUCUGACAUCACAAGCUCCGAGGCUAAGCGAGAAAUGGAACUCUUGCAACAUGGGAGAUAUCAGGCUCUGUUGGGAGUGUACCAUUCCCUUCUUGGCAAUUUCGAGGAUGCUGAAAAUGCAUUUCAAGAGAGCAUCGUACACAUUGGAUAUGAAGUCUGUGUCGAAGUCAAGCUCCACCGCCUGCUGUGGUAUGCCGAGCACAAGACCAGAGUCCAAGAUUGGGAUGGGGUGUGGGGCCUAUUAGGUCAAGCACACGCGGCUUUCAUGCGCAAUGAGCGUCCUUCUGAUUUCAUCAUUUAUCAUGUCCCGGGACGCUUCGAGUCACUCUGCAAGGCCAUUUCCAAGCGAGUUCCCAUCGACAGAGUCGCCGCGGAUGAUUCCCAGAUCCCGCGAGCCGGAAGCCUCCCCGCGCCUACUCCUGGAGCCAUUCCGCUCGCGGCACCCUCACAAGCCGCCAGCCCGAUUAUAUCUCUCCAGCGGCUAUUUCCGUCGACUCCCGGGAGCGCCAACUUUGCAGUCGACAUAGAUGCCUGGGCCGAAUUUGUGCAAUUUUCCCCGGUCGCGCUGGCCGCGACGCCAGCUGUAACAGGGUCGAUUACUCAGGAGGACUGACGUCUUUGCAAGGUCUGGCCGGUCAGUUGGAAGUGGCGUCUCCGCCCAUUCUCGAGGAUUCCGUUUGUCAUACUGCUCUCUGCUAGGUAUUUGUGGACUGGAUUCGAGGAUUCGCUAUGCACCAGGACACCGUCUUGGUUCGUGUUGAUACAUAGCAUGUAGGUUGCUAUUGUGACAUGAGAUGACAUUUUUCUUCCUUUUCUAUGACAUAAGCUCAGCGUUCUUUUAAACUAUCCAAAUAGUACCUUUGACUGAGAAUGCCAAGAAGAUAUAUUGGGUGAUGCUCUCCCGCCACUGAUCUUGGUUACCGUAG